UCCUUCUCUCUCGUUAACCCCAAUCUCGAUCGUUAACCUCUCACCUCAUCGUGUCUCUCUUUCGUCAGCCAGCCAGGGCUGUCGUUCGGCAGCAGCUCCUUCCGUUUCUCUCACUGCGUCGUUCAACAUCUUCUUCCCCACGGUCUCCACCUGUCGUUCUUCUUUAGUCCGAGAGUCCCACUGUGUCGUUCUCUUCAGCCUCACAUUCUCAUCUUGCUCAGGUUGAAACUGAGUUGGUGAGGAAACAUGAACACAAUGUCAGGGAUAACCCAACCCCAGCUCCUCCAAACUAUAACAACUAUCCUCACCUCCAGCAACACCCCACCGCUCCAUGCCCUAAACUCAUACAUUCCCCACCUUACAGAGAGCCUCCUCAUCUCAAUCUUCUCAUCCAAAUCCCUAGCUUCCCAACCAACUACACUCCUUUCCUUUUUUCAAUGGUCACAAACCCAUGCUCCCUCCCUCACUCAAUCACCAACCCUACUCCUCACUCUCGUUCCAUCUCUCAUUCGCCACAACAAGUUCUCUGAUGUCAAGUCCCUCCUUGUCACAUUUAUUGCCUCUGAUAGGCAAAACCAUCUCCACCAAGCCCUCCUCCAUCUUGACCGCACCCUUCCUAGACCUUCUAGAGCCCUUCUUGAUACAUCCAUUGGUGCAUAUAUUCAGUCCAGAAAACCUCACCUUGCUGCUCAGAUCUUCAACAAGAUGAAGCAACAUCGAUUUCGUCCCAAUUUGCUUACUUGUAACACUCUUCUCAAUGCGUUGGUAAGAUUCCCUUCUACACAUUCGAUUUCGAUGUCUCAAGGAAUUUUUAAGGAUAUGAUUAAGUUAGGGGUUAGCCCUAAUACGAAUACUUUUAAUAUUUUGAUACGUGGUUAUUGUUUUGAGAACAAGUUCAAGGAUGCUUUUGAGCUGUUGAGUAAAAUGAGUGAGUUUGAUUGUUUGCCUGAUAAUGUGAGCUACAAUACAAUAUUGGAUGCGUUGUGUAAGAAGGGACAAUUGACAGAGGCUCGAAACUUGUUGUUGGACAUGAAAAAUAGAAGACUGAUGCCGAAUAGGAAUACAUAUAAUGUUUUAGUUUGUGGGUAUUGUAAGUUGGGUUGGUUAAAAGAGGCAGCAAAGAUCAUUGAGUUGAUGACACAAAAUAAUUUUUUGCCUGAUAUCUGGACUUACAACAUGUUGAUUAGUGGGUUAUGCAAGGAAGGUAGAAUUGAAGAGGCUUUUAGGCUUCGAGAUGAGAUGGAACGGUUGAAAUUGUUGCCUGAUGUGAUCACUUAUAAUACAUUGAUUAAUGGGUGUUUUGACAAUGGAAAUAGUACAGAAGCAUUUACGUUGAUCAAUGAAAUGGAUGAAAAGGGACUGAAACAAAAUACAGUCACUCACAAUAUAUUAGUGAAGUGGUUUUGCAAGGAAGGCAGUAUGGAUGAAGCAUGUGAUAUUGUAAGGAAGAUGGAAGAAAGUGGAUCUUCUCCUGAUUGUGUUACUUACAAUACUCUAAUAAAUGGGUUUUGUAAAGCAGGAAAAUUAGAUGAAUCAUUUAGGAUGAUGGAUGAGAUGAAUAGGAAAGGUCUCAAGAUGGACACUUUUACUCUCAACACUGUUCUACGUAUGCUGUGUGUUGAAAAUAAGCUUGGUGAGGCAUAUCAGCUGCUUAACAGUGCCAGUAGGAGAGGUUAUGUUGUUGAUGAGGUAAGUUUUGGAACAUUGAUGAUGGGAUACAUUAAGAAUGAUAAGGUGGACAGAGCAUUGAAGCUUUGGGAUGAAAUGAAGGAGAAACAUGCAAUUCCCAGUAUUAUCACCUAUAACAGUAUUAUAGGAGGUCUAUGCCAGUCUGGAAAAACUGAUCAAGCAAUAGACAAGUUAAAUGAAUUCUUAGAGAGUGGUCUAGUCCCGGAUGAAACAACAUACAACACUAUCAUUCAUGGUUACUGCCAGGAAGGGGAAGUGGAGAAAGCAUUUCAAUUUCACAACAAGAUGGUUGAGAAGUCGUUCAAGCCUGAUGUCUUUACAUGUAAUAUCCUUCUUAAUGGACUUUGUAGAGAGGGUAUGCUUGAAAAGGCUUUGAGGCUUUUCAACACAUGGAUUUCAAAAGGGAAACACAUUGAUGUUGUUACUUACAACACAUUGAUUGCGAGUCUGUGUAAAGAAGGUAGAUUUGGCGAUGCAUAUGAUCUUCUUGUAGACAUGGAAAAAAAGAAAUUAAUGCCUGACCAUUAUACGUACAAUGCAAUUCUCAGUGGACUUACUGAUGCUGAUAGAAUUAAGGAAGCUGAAGAGUAUUUGUCCAAAAUGAUAGAGAGUGGGAAAUUACCUGAGCAUUUCUUACAAAUGACCAAGGAGCAAGACAUUGUGACCCAAGAAUUCUCUGUGGAGUCUGAUUCAGUCUCUGUCGGUUAUACAGAACAAAUCAACCAACUUUGUUCUGAAGGGAAAUACAAGGAUGCCAUGCACACCUUCGAAGAAUCUAAAAAGAAAGGAGUUAUUCUAAAUAAAUCUGUUUACAUUAACCUGAUCAAUGGACUAAUCAAGAGGCGUAAAAGCCUAUCUCGGUCUGUCAUGUCAUAGUAGACCAUGAUUGUUCUUUGCAGUGUCAUUGGGGCCAGUGUCAUUAGCUUUGUUCUACUUAAUAUUGGCAGCUGGACCAUAAUCAACUAUUGUUCCUACUUAAAAUUGGCAUCUGGACCAUACUCAACAAUUCUAGUUGCUUCACAGAGGGUUUAUUGUAUGGGCUUAUCUCAUCCACCGACUGCUUCUAACCACCUAUUUUUCCUUCACAUGCUUCACCACCACUUGUUCUAGAAUAUCUCGCCGCCUCUUCACCUCCUUCAUUAAGUCGACUCAUCCUGUCACCGCAGCUCGUUGACUACCAGUGGGUGUCCUUCCAAGGGCGGCUCCUUGCUGUACUUCCAAUUUUGGUCGCCGUUGAAUUCAACAACGACUUCCAGAAGAAGUUUUUGAGGAAAUGGUGGAAGAAGAAGAAGCAAAUGGUGCUCUGAGGAUUUCGAGAGAGAGUGAUGCCAUGAUUGAUGUCGAAAGCCUCAAAAAAGAAGCUAUUGAUGUUCGAUUAUUGUGCUAAUUUUUUAAGAAGACAGAAAGGGCAGGAAGAGGAAAAAAAAGUGUAGCUAAAAAUGGGAACAUGGCUAUUGUUGUUGAUGAACCUGGGGUUAUGGGAGAUCGUUUAUAUGGUAGAGCUUUUUCGGGGGACUCUGAUUUUUCGGUCAUCGACACUGGUGACCAACACUAAGCUUUUGAAGGAACCCAAGGCUGACAAGAAAGAGUACAACAAGAUUGCUCAAUGAAUUUGGUAUUCACACUCAUGUAGUCAGCUGCUAGUAUGCAAAAUGAGAGGUCAGGACGAUUGCAAUGGUGUGGACAGCAGCCCUCCUUGCUAUUCUCUGGGUAGUUGGUUAGAAAGGAACAGCAAAAUCUUUGAAGAUAAAGAAGUGGCAGCGGAAGAUCUGCGGGAGAAGGUCAAAUUAUCUUUCCUAGAUCUUAGCAGAGAUUGAGAAUUUUUUUUGUAUUAUAAGUUUUAAGAUUGUGUUUAAUGUUUUGUUGUUUUAUUUUGUAUAUAGCUGUAUUUGGCUAUUUCCGAGAUCUUUUUUGUUCUCUUAUCUCUGUAUUCCGUGUUCUUUAUUAUAUUGAGGGAGAUUAUCAUUUUUGGCUCU